GUCGUUACACGAGAUAAGCAGUACUCGGCGUUUGCGGGGUCGUUGAUCCCCCACCAAGAUCUUAAUCAGUGACGUUGUUCUCCAAAAGACAAGGUCCGAUACAAUAUCUCUAGGGCUAGAGUUAAUAUAAGUCAAUUGUUAAUUCUCAGAGAGUUCAUAAGGACUAUUCCAUUACUUUAAAUUUAUUGUUCUCGGAAUCAAAAUCGAAACAAUGUCUGUAGAAGUCCUUACAACUAUUUCACCUACUACAAACGAGCCGAUAUUGACACGCAAUGGCGUUACGGCGUCCGAGUUGGAAGAAAUCCCUAAGAUCGCUGCCGAAAAGUUUCAGAGCUGGCGCCAGACAUCGUUAACAGACCGCCAAAUCAUAGUAAAGAAAGCACUAAAGCUACUCGAAAAGAAAAAAGAUGAGCUUGCUGAAGAGCUUACCGUCCAGAUGGGACGACCUAUUGCUUAUACCGGCGUUGAAAUCACCACGGCCAUAAAGCGCGCAGACUACCUAGUCAAAAUAAGCGAAGACACGUUGAAAGAUACAGAUGGCGAACCGGAAAAGGGCUUCAAGCGAUUCAUUCGCAAAGUGCCUGUUGGACCUGUCCUUGUCAUCUUCGCGUGGAAUUAUCCCUAUUUAAUCUUAGUUAAUUCACUCAUACCAGCGUUGCUUGCUGGUAAUACUGUGAUUCUAAAACCGUCCCCUCAGACUCCCACGAUAGUGGAGCAGAUUACCAAGGUCUUCGCUGAGGCGGGACUACCCGCUGGUGUCCUGCAGUAUUUCCAUUGUGGUUCACCGCUAAUGAUGGAAUCCGUGGUGCGAAACUCCAAGAUAUCCUUGAUUUGUUUUACUGGGUCCGUUGCAGGAGGUUUGGCAGUGCAAAAGGCGGCAUCCGAUCGGAUAGUCAAUGUUGGUCUGGAGCUUGGCGGUAAAGAUCCCGCAUACGUCAGGGGAGACGUGGACCUCGACUGGGCGGCUGCUGAGAUAGUCGAUGGGUCCAUUUUUAACUCCGGGCAAAGCUGCUGUGCUAUUGAACGAGUUUACGUCGAUGCAAAGAUUUAUGACCCAUUCGUCGAAGCUGUGCAGAAGGUAUUGAAGGACUACAAGGUCGGUGAUCCACUAGAAAAGGAAACUCAGAUUGGACCAGUUAUUUCGAAGCGUUCCAAGGAAACCGUCGAGUCCCAUAUCCAAGAUGCUUUGAGCAAAGGUGCAAAGGACCUAACACCGGAGAAUCCGACGUUUUCCAGUCUGCCGACGAAGGGCAACUUCGUUAAACCCACUCUUUUAGUCGAUGUCAAUCAUAGUAUGACAGUAAUGACGGAAGAAACGUUCGGUCCGGUCAUUUCCGUGAUGAAGGUCAAGAGCGACGAUGAGACUGUGACACUCAUGAAUGAAAGCGAAUUUGGCCUCACUGCCAGCAUAUGGACAAAAGACACAGAAACGGGCUACAAAUUAGCUGAACAAGUUGAAGCUGGAACAGUCUUUGUCAAUCGCGCGGAUUUCCCUAGCCCGGAUCUGGCAUGGACGGGAUGGAAGAACUCAGGCAAAGGAGUUACCCUGAGUAGAUUUGGCUUUGACCAAUUUGUGAAGCUGAAGAGCUACCACCUGAAGGAUUACCCGAAGUAGGUUCGAAAUGCGAACCAAUAGUGUAAUGCCGGGGAUUUUCUGAUGACUGGUUUGUUCUGGAAUGGACACGCCAUUUAUUUCUUGGAAGGAUUGGGUGGGAAUGGACCCUUUUUUGGCAGCAUGUGUUCCUGUUUCAUGCAGGCUCGGAAGGGCGAGGGGUGUAUUAAUGUAUUAUGCAAGCUGAAGAUUGUGUCUCAAUGCUGGUGUUUCGAAACAACUCAUGGACCAAUGAUACCGAUUACAUGCGAGCCAUUCUACGAAUGAGAUCAUCGUAUCUUCCGUAUUAUUAUUGAUUAUCACUGUAGGACCCUUAACUUGCAGAAAUGUAGGUACCUAGUUAUUCGUACCUACAUACUAUUAGAUGACCCCCUUGUCGCA